AGGGAAAAUUUUACGUGCAAUUAAUUGGCAGAGUUUAUCUAUAGAGAGAUCAGAAAGGUCGUUGUGGAAGAGAUAGGUUCUGAGAAUGUUGUUCAAAUCGUAACCGAUAAUGGGUCAAAUUACAAGAAAGCAUGUAAAACUCUAGUAGAACAACCAGAGUUUAGUCAUAUUGUUUGGCAGCCAUGUGUUGCCCACACUGCUAACCUCAUGCUUAAGGAUGUUGCUAAGUUUCGUGAGAUUGACGUGAUAGUUAAAAGUGCUAAGCAGAUUUGUAGAUUUUUCUACAAUCACAAUAACCUACAUGACAGCAUGAAAAAGAACAUUGGUGGUGAACUCAUAAAACCAAAUGCGACCCGGUUUGGAACGGUGUUCAUGUUCUUGGAGAGUUUCCAUUGUAAGAAAGAUGAGUUUAGGAAAUGGAUGGUGUCCGAUGAUUGGAAGGGAAGUACAUGGAACGGUGCUGCUGAUUAUGUGUUUGCUGAAGAGCUGCUAUCUAGUAAUAUGUGGUGGGCAGCUUUAGAAUGGGUUCUUGCUGUGCUAGAGCCACUCUAUAAAGCCCUUAGAUAUGCUGAUACACAAAAGAGAUGCACCCUAUCUAGAUUCAAGAAGAGUAUGAUGAUAGCCAUACAAAAGUUGGAAAGUCAUCUUGGUGGUGGAUCAAAAAUGUUUCAUAGAGUCAUGAGCAAGGUGUCCAAGAGGAUCGAUGCUAUGCAAGAAGGCACACUAUUGGUUGCAGCUGCUAUCCUUGAUCCUUACACACAUUAUCAGAUCAACAUGAGCAAGAUUAUGGACUAUGAUCUUGCACUAACAGAUGCCAUUGAAAAGAUCACAGACCCUGAGACCGCUGUUUUGGCCAUUGAUGAAGUCAGCACUUACAAGGAAUGUCAUGGGAGGUUUGGCUCAAGGUUAAGCGGCAUGGGAGCAAAAGAGAUUUUGGUUUGA